AUGCUUUGGCCACAUUUUGUUUCUUCCAAGGCUUUUCCGCCUAGGGAUAUUUCUGUGCUUGGUGCUGGGGUUGAUAUUCCAAUGAAGGAUAUUGUGGCAAGAAGGUUUGUGUUUGAGGCUUCAUGUUUAGAGUUUAUUAGGUCAAAGUAUCCAAAGAGCCAAAACAAAGAGUUCUCAAAUUCGAGAUGCUAUUCUCGUAUUGAGUAUUUGUUUGUUUUGAUUUAUUUGGAUUUGACAAGUUGUGGAGAGGAAGAGAUGUAUGGUGAGGUUGUGAAGCAGGUGAGAGAGUUGAUGAAUAGUGGUAAAGAGCAAGAGUUUGUGAGAAACCUUGAGAAAGGGAUUGAUCAAACCUCAAAUUUUUUGAAAGAUCAUGCUGAGGAAUUUGUGAAAGGAGAACUUGUUUCGUUUAACUUUACGAGUUUGUGUAGAUUUCCUCUCUAUGAAGAUUUUGGAUUUGGAAAGCCAUCUUGGGUGGCCACAAAUCCAAUCCCAUAUAAGAAUCUUAUUGUUUUUACUGAUAACAAAUCAUGUGACGGGGUAGAAGUUUAUAUUGACAUGGAGGAAGAAGACAUGGCAAGACUUGAAAGAGAUGAUGAGUUCAUGUCAUUUGUUUCUCUUCCGGCUGAAAGUUAA